AUGUCAUCUCAAGACGAAAACGCGAAUAUCGUUUCCAAUGAAGAAAAACCUAUUCCAUCUGCUAAUCAGAAACGCCGUGUGCGUUUUCCCAGUGAUGAAUCUCAAUUACGUAUGAUAUCGAUUGCACCGGAACCGUUAGCCAAUCAACCGCUGCUAUCACUUGGUGUGAUUUUACAACGCUAUCGUGGCGCAUGUCAGCGUUUACAAAUACGUCCACUGAAUUGUUUGUUAGAACAAUUGAAUAACAUGAAUGAUGGAAGGAAAACGUUCUAUGAUCGUCUUGAAUGUUUGAAAGUCGUUAACGAACGCUUGGAUUUAAAACAUAUGGAUGCGAUCGAAGAAAUUCUCUCACGUUGUCGCUUUUAUGUAUUGGAUUUUGAAUCGUCGUUUCCGGAUGAUACGACACUUGUACAAUUUUUCGACAUUAUCGAAUAUUAUGACUCAUGUACGCAUUUGAAUUUGUCAAACAAUCGCUCGAUCAAUUUCCAUGGUUAUCAAGCACUGACGCGGUAUAUGAGAAAAACCAGAGUUCUGGAAAGAUUAGACAUGAAUUCUAUACGCUUUGAUGAUGCAAGUAUGUUAGGAUUCGGUCGAUCAUUACGAAUGUCAUCGACAUUGUAUGAACUGCAUGUGGAAUCAUGUCAGUUGAAUGGCAAAAUGUUACAAAAACUUAUCCAAAACAUUCGAGCGUGCCCAUGUUUACGUGAACUUUAUCUAUGUGAUAAUCGUCUGCAAGUACAAGAUUCGAUACUGAUAAAUGAAUUGAUUCGUUCAUGUGGACAAUUUCUUCAUGUGCUCGACCUUCGUUCGAAUUCACUGCAAGAUAAUGGUAUGUCUCAUAUUGCGUCGCAGUUAAGUCAAUACGAUGAGCAUCACACACAUCAAAACACGAUCUACAAGAUAAGUUUUCAAUCGAAUCAAUUGACUCAUCAGGGUGUGGCCUUCUUGGCCAAAGCGCUGUUGCACAAUCGAACGAUACGUUCGUUAAAUUUAAGCUACAAUCAGAUUACAAAUGAAGGUUUAUAUGUUUUACGCGAUGCAUUGUUAACAAAUCGGACAAUUAAUGAAUUGAUCCUCAGAAAUUGCCGUUUGACAGAUCAAGCGGCGAUCGCUUUAGCCGAAUUUAUAGCUGAAUCUUCAGUUAUUCAAUAUCUCGAUUUAAGAGAGAAUAACAUCCAAGCAAGUGGCAUAUGCGGAAUGGCGAUAGCAAUGAAGAAUAACAGAUCUUUGUUGAAAGUAGAUUUCGAUUCUAUCGAUUCGUCGACGAACCCGUCGUUCAAUCAAAGUAUCGAUCGAACAGCGAGCUCUUCAAAUGGUUUAUUAUCUUUAUCGAAUCUCCGACGAAUGACUGUUGGCCUAGGCAGUUUUAGUACUACUAACAAUUCAGCGAGUAGUUCCAAUCAAGCAUUGAACCAUAAUGCUAAAGAAUUGAAUGAACAGAAAGCGAAAUGGAUGAAUGAUAUUGAAUGUAUAUGUCAGAGGAAUUUACUUCUCUACGAAGAUCAACUUCGGCGACAAGAAGAAGAGCAAUUGACGAAUAAUCAUGAAAUAACUGAUACGAAUGGAAUCGACCAUCAUGAAGCAUCGACAACGACACCGAAUGGCGUUAUUUUAGAAGAAAAGGAUGAAAAUAACGGAAACUCAUUAGGUACAAACGAACAUAACAGUGAAGAAACACCAGUUACUACAGAUGACAAUCUACAAACAAACGAAACUUCUGCUGAUGCUAAUGAACAAUCAGAACCUACAGAAGAUCAGCCAAAAUCCGACAACGUCACAGAACAACUAACAAAUGAACAUAAUAGUAAUGAUGUAUGCAUAACAACUGAUACUACAAACCCUUUACCAAUUGACGAUAAUCAUGAAAUAGUGCAAACAACUCCGACCGAACCAAUGCUAAACAAUUCUCAACCUCUUCCAGAUUCUCUCGAAGAUAAUUUAACAGAUGACGAAGAUGAUGGAAAACAACAAAUUCGUCAUUCUGAUAGUCUCUAUUUAUUACGUAAAAAGAACGUAAACCAUGCUGAUGGUAGUGAUACUAGUGAUGAUGAAUCUCAACUAUCGACCAUUAUCGAACCAACUCAAGAAAUUGUCGAUGGUAUAUAA